AUGAAGCUCGCACUCGCCUUCUCUGUCCUCGCCACCGCUGCUCUGGCUGAAUUUGACAAGAACCUCCCCUGGGGAAAACGCGACUACGCUUGUAUCAAUGUCUUCCAGGGUAUCCCUGACCACUCUACUGUUUCGCCCGGUGCUGAAGUCACCCUGAAAUUCAACCGUGCGUCUACCGGCCGAUGCGGCGCCUACUUGGACCAGUACCCUGGCACACCGUACAAAGUCGCACUGUAUCAGAAUCCCAUCCGCAAUAGGGAUGUAGUUACCUGGGAUAAGAGGGUCAGCGUCGUCGACGGAGUCAAUGAAGCGGAUGGCAAGGUCACCAUCACUAUUCCUAAGAAUUUGGCGCAGGAUGGGGACUGGUACUUGAGGGUUGAUACAACGUUGGAGAAGGCGCCUCAGAUGCCCUCUUUGUUUAAUGCUGCAGGACCCUUUACUGUUAAGGAGUAG